AUGGAUGCUCGUGAGUUAUCGACAAAGGCAGUACUCUGUGCAGUAAGUAAACAAUAUCAAAGUCUAAGAAACUUUAAUUGGACAGAUAUUAUUAACGAACUUGUGAUAAAACAAAUGCUGCUUGCAGUGGCAUUGCCUUCAGGAAAAAUCGGAAACACCAAGGCAACAGAAGGGCUGGUUCCUGUCAUUGGAACUGUAUAUGGAAUGUUGAUGAAACAAAGAUUUCAAGAAUUUUCUGCUGUCCAGAAAGUCAUAUCGAUUUCUCUAGGUAAUGAACAGGCCCACCAAAAGGUUUAUGAUCGACUACAGCCACUUGGUGUGUCAUUGAGUCACCAAGGAAUGUUAGAGACCAUGUCAGCAAUCUCCAAUAGCUUCAAAACAGAACUAACAGAGUGUGUUAAACAGGGAAAGACGUUCCGUAUUGUAGGAGACAAUGUUAAUUUUCACGUGGGGGAACAGAAGUAUGCUGAAGUUGUGGAUAUCUUAGACUCAUACCAGGAAUUGUGUGAGACAACAUAUGAAGCUGCUGAAAAGCCAUUACAGGAAGUCCACAUAGGUGGUGACCAACUCACACGAGAGCGUUUUUCUGGAGCUAAGCGGCUUAGAGCUGCAGCUCUUUCAGAACCAGAGCGAUUUGAGAGUCUUUUUCCAAUUACAUUUGAAUUAUUUCAUUUGCAAAUGACUAUUUUGACUACCUUCUAUCAGAUAUUGUAUGAUACACAAAACACAGGCUCUUUUACACUACACAUUCAAAAGAUUCGUUUGUUAAGGAAGGGUGCAGAUGGGAAUGAUGCAAAGAACCACUAUGACAGCUGUAGAGAAUUAGCAGUUUCUGUAAUAAAAGCUUAUGCAAUAGAAGCAGCAUGUCAGCAGUUUGGACUUCCAGACACUGAAGUAGUACCAGAAAACAUUCCAGAAUACCAGAAUAUGUCCAAUGAGGAGAUUAAGCUUUGGCUAUCAGUAGGGGUAAUGAAUGGGAAUUACGUUGAAAACACCAAUACAGAUAAAAUAAACUGCUAUGGCAAAACUGUGAUAGAAUUAGGCUUAGUUUACAUGGAAUUAUGUGACAUUGUAAAGGCACCAAGUCGUGACCGUCUGUUAUGUUUGAUGAAGUACAUUUUGCUGAUAUUAAAAGGACACAACAAUAACUCAAAAUAUGCACUAGAACUUCUUCGGUUUUUAAGUCAACAAUUAGUACUUUUAAGUGGACGAGCAGCAAAUGAGGUCUGUUAUGGACUUUUUGUUAACACUGGAAAAUCUAUUAUUCCAGCUGAUAUGCAAAUGGAACAUUUGGUAAGGUUGACAAAAUGCCGUUUACGAACAAGGUGCUCUAAUGUAACUGACUCUUCACUAGCUAAACGAAGCAGUGCUUUCUUUGGAAUGGACAAGAUAUCCAAAAACUUUGAUAAAGAAACAUCUUCAAUUAAGCGUUCACAAAAGCAUAAAAGGUUUUCUUUUAUAGAGGACGAACAGAAAAUUAUCAAAGAGCUUAGGGUAGUAAGACCCUUUUUAAAUAUACCGGGUCGACAUACUGAAACCUUGAAAAUGGCAAAGAACCCUAUAACAAAAUUAAAUAUGGAGGCUUUGAUCAAAUGGAUUGAACAUUAUAAAUUGAGAUUCUAUUAUGAGCUGUAG